AUGCCAAUUGCUAUUGUUGGCAUGGGAGGCAGAUUUCCAGGUGAAGCUACCAACCCGGACAAGCUCUGGGACAUGGUCUCGAAAGGACGAAAUGCCCUUUCAGAAGUACCAAAGGAUCGAUUCAAUAUCGAGGCUUUCUAUCACCCGUCCGCCGAGCGACAUGGCUCAAUGAAUGUCAGGGGAGGAAAUUUCCUAAAGGAAGACAUCGCUAGAUUCGAUGCUCCUUUCUUCUCUAUUACAGCCAAAGAGGCACAUGCCAUGGAUCCACAGCAACGAUUAGCUCUGGAGCUAUCGUAUGAAGGACUUGAGAAUGCUGGUAUUAGCAUUGAGGAGAUUGCGGGAUCUAAUAUGUCCUGCUAUAUGGCUUCAUUCACAAAAGAUUAUACAGGCAUGAGAGGUAGGCUAUCCGGCCCAAGUUACCACCUAUUUAUUAGAACGGGUAAUGGCGCUGCUUUAAUCUCCAACCGCGUCUCAUGGUUCCUUGAUAUCAAAGGACCCAGUCUCAGCUUGGACACAGCGUGUUCAUCUUCGCUUGUAGCCCUUCAUCUUGCUUGCCAGAGCAUUCGAGCGGGAGAAUCAACCUCAGCAAUCGUCGGAGGUACCAAUAUCAUUUUGAUGCCAGAGAUGCAAAACGCCAUGACAUCACUCCAUUUCCUCAGUCCUGACUCCAAGUCCAUGUCAUUUGAUCACAAGGCGAAUGGCUAUGCCCGAGGAGAAGGUGCAGCUGUUGUCAUAUUAAAACCUCUUGCAGACGCACUGCGAGACGGUAACGUCAUCAGAGCCGUCAUCAGAGGUACAGGUGUCAACCAGGAUGGCAGAACUCCUGGUAUUACCGUGCCAUCUUCAAAGGCACAAGAGGAGCUGAUACGCGUGACAUAUGCCUCUGCUGGGCUGGACUUUAAGCAGACUGGCUACUUCGAAGCACACGGCACAGGAACUCCUGUUGGUGAUCCUCUGGAAUGCGCUGCUAUUGCUGCUACCUUUGGUCAAGUAAGACCAGAGUCAGACCCUCUCCUAAUAGGCUCAGUGAAAACAAAUAUUGGCCACAUGGAGGGUGCUGCUGGUCUUGCGGGUCUUGUCAAAGCCGUCUAUGCCUUAGAGAGAGGACAAGUGCCACCGAAUCUCUGGUUCGAAAAGGCCAAUCCUCGCAUUCCUUUGGCAAAAUGGAAACUCAAGGUUCCCACAGAGCUAACCCCAUGGCCUACUGAGGGUGUCCGCAGAGCCAGUGUUAAUUCAUUCGGUUACGGUGGUACUAAUGCUCACUGCAUCGUCGAUGAUGCUUUCCAUUACCUUGAAUCCCGGGGAUUGAAAGGUUUCCACAACACCAUUUCGGAGACACCUGCUGUCCCCAAAACCCUGCCAUCUACAACUCCGGUGGCUGACCCGUUGCCUCAGCUUCUUGUCUGGUCCUCACCUGAACAGAAGGGAGCUGACCGUACUGCAACUAGCCUGGCAUCAUAUGUCAAGUCCCUUAGCGUCUCACCAGCAGGAGAGAGCGCCUUGCUCGAAAGACUAUCAUUUACACUAUCCAAUAAGCGUAGCAAGUUCCCAUGGAAAUCAUUUGGCAUUGCUUCCAGCCUACAAGAGGCUAUUGACGCUUUUGAGCAGCCAAGGAAACCUGAACGGUCCGCCGAGCAGCCUACUGUCGCUUUUGCAUUCACUGGGCAGGGUGCUCAAUGGUAUGCUAUGGGUCGUGACUUGUUCAAAUACCCGGUGUUUAGAGAGUCAAUUCAAGCCGCGGCUUCAUCAUUGAAAGAGCUUGGUUGUGAAUGGGACCUGGUCGAGGAGCUCAAUGCGACUGCGGAGAAAUCGCGUAUCAAUGACCCGGCUCUCAGCCAGCCAGCCUGUACGGCUUUGCAAGUGGCUCUCGUAGACCUUCUCAGCAGCUGGGGCGUGAAGCCAUCCGUUGUUGUGGGACACUCUAGCGGAGAAAUUGCUCGAGCCAUUAGCCGGGAAUCGGCUUGGAAAGUUGCAUACUUCCGUGGUCUCCUUUCUAGCACUAUCAAGAAAGAAGGCGCUAUGCUUGCGGCUGGCUUGGGCUAUGAGGACGCCCAGGCUCUCGUUGAUCAGGUCACGGACGGUGAUUUGGUCGUUGCUUGUAUUAACAGUCCAUCUAGCGUUACGCUCUCUGGUGACAUCUCUGCUAUCUCUCAAGUCCAAGCUCUUCUAGAAGAGAGGAAGGUGUUCAACAGGAAGCUGAUGGUAAAGACCGCUUACCAUUCUCCCCACAUGAAGGCUAUCGAAGCAUCAUAUUUGAAAUCGAUUAGCGAUAUCUCACUAGCGACAGAUGAUGUCAGCGUGCGGAUGUUCUCGUCUGUGACAGGGGAGAUCAUUGAAGCGGCUGAGCUUGCGAAACCAUCAUACUGGGUCUCCAACUUGGUAAAUCCCGUCAAGUUCAACCAAUCAUUGCAAGCAGCAAUCAGGCACAACCCAACCAAAAGACGAACGACGAAAAACACUGGCGGAAUUAACCUCAUUGUUGAAGUUGGACCUCAUGCCGCUCUCCAAGGGCCAAUCCGACAGGUUUUAUCCGUUGAAGAAACCAAGAAACUCCAUAUACUUUAUGUUUCACUCCUCAAGCGCGAUAGUAGUGCCAGCUUGACCGCG